AUGGACCAGCGCCUCAAAGACGUUGGCCACGACGUCUCGAAGGUCCAGGCGCCUGCUCAGCCGCAUUUGUCGCCGUGCUCGCCUGCCGAGCUCCGCAAGCUGCGAAACAAGCAGCGCGAUGACUAUGCCAUGUCCAGGAUACUCGUCAGAGACAAAGCCCUGGGCAUCAAGCACCUGGCAAACCAAAAGCGCAGUGAGCAUGGCGUUGGUGGUAACCUCUGGGGUGCCGCACUCGUGUUGUGCCGAUUCCUCGCCUCCUCGUCGCGCCCCCCCGGGAGGUACCUAAAUGGUAAGCGCAUCCUGGAGCUUGGCAGCGGAACAGGAGCCGUUGGCCUUGCGGCAGCUUCACUGGGUGCAGAUGUGACACUCACUGACCUCCCACAAGUACUCCCUCUGACGGCUAGCAACAUGGCCGCGAACAGCCUAUGCUCGCCGGGCACUUCCUUGGCUUUGCUUGACUGGAAGGUGGUCGCGAACUGGCCAAAGGACGCCCUUCCCAACUACGACUUGAUUUUGUGCUCAGAUGUCCUUUACUGGUCUGAUGUGGUCCCAGAUCUCGCUGCAGUUCUUGGGCGCUUGCUCCAGAAUGGAAAGACGACCCUCCUUUGGUGUUGGGUCCGAAGACACGAGCAUGUGGCUCGUGAGCUCUGGAGGGCACUUGCUGCUCAGGGCAUCGUCGUGGGCCGUUUGCCUUUGGAGAGUGGCCUCCUGCAGUCCGAGGACUUUUGCCAUGUGAGCCGCCACGUCGAGGCAUUUGUGGGCUGUGCUCGCGGGGGUCAGCUCGACCAGGAUGUCGCCAAAGAUGCGAUGUGCAACUUCGUCGUUGAUGCAGACGGGUGUGUGAAGGGAGUGUAUUCACAUGCUUGUCCAAGCAGAUGA